AGCAUCUCCAACCGGUACCACUCUCAUCUGGUUUUUGAGAGUUCUGGGAUAAAAAAAACUGUCUCCAACCGACUUUUAUCCUGGGCCCGUCCUCAUCCGGACUCUCAUCCAGUGCCCCUGAACUCUCAUCCGGAGGAGCUCCUAGCAGGGACCCUUAUCUGGCCAAGGCGAGCAAUUGUCGCUCCUGCCACGGUCGCGCCCGCGUGCACGCCAGGUACGCACCAUCUUCCUCCUCCGCGUAGUGAUGACGCCCACCAUUGAUCCCGUACAAGGCCCCAUUCACGCCGCCAGCCCGUUCGUAGAUCAAUGCCAGUUGCGACCCCCGAUGACGGGCCCAACAAUUCCUUACAGAUCUUUCUGCACGGAUGCUUUACCCCCACACGACUCGCACCCCUGUAAAUCAGCGGAUGCUGCGGCUUGCUCCUGCACAGCUCGCAAAUCUGCACGCCGACGGAAGCGGCGGCGCAGUCCCGCACAGCUCGUGACUCCGCACGGCGCGUAGCCCCGCACACGAGAGGAUGCAGGCACCGUAUGGUUUUGUCAUUUUUAGAUACGUACUUUUUUUACUUCCUAAACGUGACCUAUAUCUUUUUUUUAAUUAAGGAUCUUAAACAUUCACAUGUGAAUGUCAACGGUCACAAAGAAACAAAUCCGGCUACUUAGCCAUAAGAUGCAUGAAUACUUAGACUCCACACCUUAAAAUGAGGAACAAACAAAAUAAGAAAGAAAGAGACUAAAAAGGAAGCUAGAAUGACUAAGCUUCAAACUUCUUCUAUGUCUUUGCUUCAGCCUUGCAUUGGGCCAUGUGCAGCAACUAAUCCCCUCACAUCUGCUAUUUUCUUAUAAACUUCAGAAGUUAGGAUCAUCCUGCUUCGACGGCCACCUGCUUCCUGGUGCUCUUUAGUCACAUAGAAGCUGCACUUAGUCAAUCUCUACCAUACACUCUAGUAACCCAAACAAGUGCACUGGAACAACCCGUGCACUACCAUCCCUCCAAGCUGAUCUGGUACCGCCACCAAAAGACUCCAAAAUGGUGCCUCAAGAGGAAAGCAACACUAAGACGCCACCGCCUCCUGGACCUGCGAGUUGGUUCUUCGGUUUUCACCUGUAAAAUGUCCCUGGAGGUCAAGAUCACCGCAACGCCUUCAACAAGGAGAAUGAUGCAUCAUCGCCAACACUAGUCAUGGCUUUGGUCUGAGAACCUAGACACUCUAACAACCCAAAGGCAGAUGGCUAAUGCCAUGUCCGAUCCACCUCGGGUCCCCAUGCGCCCUUGCCAGCUGCCGCCACCUCCAUGGAGCCGAGCAGCUUCCGCAAGGAGCCGGCAUGAACCACGGUCGGGCGGAUCCACCCACAGGGCACCAGAAUCAGCCGAGCGGAAUUGCAUCUGUCGCCCAAGAAACUGGCUGCCCGCUCGAGCCGAGCGAUUCUCGCUCAAAGCUAGCGGCCGAGUCGCCGUUUGGUAGCACCCCUCCCAAUUCUUGCAGAGUGGAGGGCUGCUAAACACGACCAUACUCCGAACAUCAUGUUCAUCAGCUCCGGAAAAGAUAUGGGGAUCUUGAGGAACAAAUUUGACACAUCGAGCAACCAAAACUUACUAUUAAGGAAGAGCAAAGUGGCAACUCAAACCAUUCUUUAUUCGUCUUGCUACACAAAGCGAGGGAUCACAUCACACAUUUAUUCAUCAGUUGAGCUUCAGUCACCAUGAACAGUCCAACGCAUGCACCAUGUAAUCGUGCCGCUAGUGAGUGAUGAAGUAGAACUUGGUGCAGCUGGUGUCCAUGUAAACCAGCAGGUCGCUGAACCUAAGGUUGAAAGAGGGAACGGGGAAAUUCCCGUACCAACCGACACCGAAUACCGAAAUUUCCAAUAGGAUAUCAUUUUCACAGGAAAAAAUGGAUUCGGGAAGAAAUCCGGGAAAAUACGGUGAAUCCAGGAUCAAAAUCGGUUAGGGUGUUUUCCAGACCGAAUUAGCGGAUCCCGUAUUUGCUCAGGAAAUUUCCUACGGGAAAUUCCCGUUUUAAGGCCUCCCUAGCUUCCCUGCCUGCAGUCUGCCCACAAAUAGCCCAGCCCACCCCGACAAAACCCCAUGCCGCGCCGCCCACUCGUCCAGGCAAAAGAAUCGGCAAACCCUAGUCCCUACCACCCUCCCUGUAUCGGCACUUCGGCGGCUCCCUACCGCCGCCCUCCGCCCCUCCCUAAAUCAGCAGUCGGUGGCUCGGCGCCCUCCCUACCAUCGCCCGCCGCAAUCCUCUUCCUCUCCCAGUCUCCCUCUCAACUCCCAAGCCAUCGACGUCAAGCUCUUGCACGACUGUGCCUCUCCUCUCCUAGGCUCCUGGCCUCUGUCCUGGUGCAGCCGUGCGGUGCCUUGGCUAGCCGGUGGCCACCGCCACCCACCGCCCACCACCAGGCCACAAGCCCAUGAUAGAUCCAUGACUUGGGGGCCUAGGGAGGUAGGUUGGAUGCCAAGAUGAAGCCAUCACCAACUGAGCAAGCUUCUGGUUCUGCAUCCGCCUCAUCCGCCUCCAAGCGCCGCCUCUUCCUGGAGCCACCCCCGCCGGUGAACAGCAGCACCCUCGCGCCUUUUCCAACGCUAGGAUCUAAGAGGUCAAGUGAAAGCCUUGGUAAAGAUCUUGUUAUAUGUCUAUCUGUAUCAUCUGCAAAUGCAACUCCUGCAUCUAGUCCAAGUCAAGCUUUGAUAUGCAUGAAAGAUUGGGUUGCUGCAGGAAGAAGAGAUCAGAAGAUUGGACGGCGAUGUCACGGACAGCGAUGACGAAGUAGAUGGACCACAUGGAGAUGAUCUGGGCUUCUUUGACAUGUAGUGUUGGCAGCUGGGCAUGUUUUAUUUUUAAUUUGGACUUGUAUUUGUGAGUUGAGUGUUGGAUCAGUAGUGUGGUUGCCUUGCCUCAUUGCCUGUGAACUGUGAUGUACUGUUGUGACUUGUGUGUUAUGUGGCUCAGUGGCUAUGUGAUGUACUGUUGUUUUGUGUUGGCGUGUUGCUGUCAACCUGUCAUUCUGUCAAGCACUCAAGCUGUGGUGUGGA